GCGCCCGCCCGCCGCUCGCCCCCGGUUCCUCCUCCUCCUCCUCGCCAUUGCAGUUGGUACUGGAGCAGCCCCGGCGAAAACCGCGUGGCUUUUUUUUUUUUUGAGGGGGCUGUGAAGACUGGUGAGCAAGAGGGCGGCGGCGGCUGAGGUCGAGGGACCGGAACGCCGACAAGAUAGUUGAAGUAUUGGUAACACCAAGGAAAGCUGUCACAAUUUGAAAAGAUAAACCAGGACUGAUUUCCAGACACUACAAGAGAAAAGGAAGGAAAAAUGGCAUUGUAUCAUCAUCACUUCAUCACAAGAAGAAGAAGGCGUCCCAUGAGAAUUUUUGUGAAUGAUGAUCGCCAUGUCAUGGCAAAACAUUCUUCAGUAUACCCAACGCAAGAGGAGCUGGAGGCCGUACAGAAUAUGGUAUCUCACACUGAGCGAGCCCUCAAGGCUGUCUCUGACUGGAUUGAUGAGCAGGAGAAGGGCAAUGAGUUCACCGAGGCAGACAAUAUGGACACACCCCCAGACGACGAGAGCAAAGAAGGGGCUGGGGAACAGAAGGCGGAACACAUGACUAGGACCCUGAGGGGCGUGAUGCGGGUUGGCCUGGUAGCCAAGGGUCUUCUGCUCAAGGGGGACUUGGAUCUGGAGCUGGUUCUGCUCUGUAAGGAGAAGCCCACAACCACCCUUCUGGACAAGGUGGCUGACAACCUGGCCAUCCAGCUCACUACUGUGACAGAAGACAAGUACGAAAUACUCCAGUCUGUGGAUGAUGCUGCGAUUUUGAUAAAAAACACAAAAGAACCCCCUUUGUCCUUGACCAUCCACCUGACCUCCCCUGUUGUCAGAGAAGAAAUGGAGAAAGUAUUAGCCGGAGAAACGCUAUCAGUCAACGACCCCCCGGACGUUCUGGACAGGCAGAAAUGCCUUGCUGCCUUGGCGUCCCUCCGACACGCCAAGUGGUUCCAGGCCAGAGCCAAUGGGCUGAAGUCAUGCGUCAUUGUCAUCCGUGUCCUAAGGGACUUGUGUACCCGAGUGCCCUCCUGGGGUCCCCUCAGAGGCUGGCCUCUGGAGCUGCUAUGUGAGAAGUCCAUCGGCACUGCCAAUAGGCCAAUGGGUGCUGGUGAAGCCCUGCGAAGAGUGCUUGAGUGUCUGGCAUCCGGCAUCGUAAUGCCAGAUGGUUCUGGCAUUUAUGACCCUUGUGAAAAAGAAGCCACUGAUGCUAUUGGGCAUCUAGACAGACAGCAACGGGAAGAUAUCACACAGAGUGCGCAGCAUGCUCUGCGGCUGGCUGCUUUUGGUCAACUCCAUAAAGUCCUAGGAAUGGACCCCCUGCCUUCCAAAAUGCCCAAGAAACCAAAGAACGAAAACCCAGUGGACUACACUGUUCAAAUCCCCCCCAGUACCACCUACGCCAUCACACCCAUGAAACGCCCCAUUGAAGAAGAUGGGGAGGAGAAGUCUCCCAGCAAAAAGAAAAAGAAGAUUCAGAAGAAAGAGGAGAAGGCUGAACCUCCCCAAGCUAUGAAUGCCCUGAUGAGGCUGAACCAGCUGAAGCCAGGGCUGCAGUACAAGCUGAUCUCCCAGACAGGUCCUGUUCAUGCCCCCAUAUUCACCAUGUCUGUGGAGGUAGAUGGCAGUACCUUUGAGGCUUCAGGGCCAUCUAAAAAGACCGCCAAACUACAUGUGGCUGUAAAGGUGUUACAAGACAUGGGCUUGCCAACAGGAGCUGAAGGCAGAGAAUCCAGCAAGGGGGAGGACUCAGCUGAGGAGUCAGAUGGGAAGCCAACAAUAGUGGCCCCGCCCCCUGUGGUAGAAGCUGUCUCCAACCCUAGUUCUGUCUUCCCUUCAGAUGCCACUACUGAGGACGGCAAGCAGCAGGGGCCAAUAUUGACUAAGCAUGGCAAGAACCCGGUUAUGGAGCUUAAUGAGAAGAGGCGUGGCCUCAAAUAUGAGCUCAUUUCUGAGACUGGGGGCAGCCACGACAAACGAUUUGUUAUGGAGGUUGAAGUGGAUGGACAGAAGUUUCAAGGUGCUGGUUCAAACAAAAAGGUGGCAAAGGCUUAUGCUGCUCUUGCUGCAUUAGAAAAGCUUUUCCCUGAUGCCCCCCUGGCCCUUGAAGCCAACAAAAAGAAAAGAGCCCCCGUACCUGUCCGAGGUGGACCUAAAUUUGCUGCCAAGCCACACAAUCCUGGCUUCGGCAUGGGAGGUCCCAUGCAUAAUGAGGUACCCCCACCUCCCAACCUUCGAGGCCGAGGCAGAGGAGGGAAUAUCCGUGGGCGAGGACGAGGACGAGGAUUUGGUGGCGCCAACCAUGGAGGAGGCUACAUGAAUGCUGGCGCUGGAUAUGGAAGCUAUGGGUACGGCAGCAAUUCGGCCACAGCAGGCUACAGUGACUUUUUCACAGACUGCUACGGCUAUCAUGAUUUUGGGGCUUCCUAGAGCGUCUAAAAGUAUUGACACAAAAUCAACUUUUUACUCCAAUUUCCUCCAACUCCAAAACCCAAAGUGUCCGUGCUGUGUCCCUGUGCUUCACUGGGGUUCUCAACCGUGGCUUUCCACCGCAGCUUGUCUGAAACAGUUAGCCUGCAGACUUAAGACAAUGGCAGUUUCUAUCAUGAAUUUGCCUUUGAACUUGGUCAUUUCGAAGUUCACACUAAGUGGAAAAAAACCUUUUUCUCAGAUUUUUUUCUUUCUUUUUUUUUCUUCCUUGUUUUUUUUUCUUUUUUGUGCAUCCUCGCACAGAAUUCAGAAUUCUAGAGCCAGCGUUGUUCAGCGUCAAGGCAAAGCCCAUCUUUGCUUUUUAUGGAAAGCAUUCCUUUAUUUAAUGAGACAGAUAAUGGCACGUUUUAAUCUACCUUUGUCUUAAUUUACGGCAGGUUUUGUAUGCAUUUUUAACCUUUUCACCAACUUUCACAUCUCAUUGAUGCCUUUGGCAGUGUGAAAAUUAUUUCAGCAUAUCUGGUCCAGAGCAGCUGACUUUCCUUGCCCUUUUAAGGAGCAUGUAACCUCUGGGAUGGCCAGGACUUGUCUUGUGUACUGCAGAGAGCAGAGCCUCCCACCUUUUGUAAAUGCUCUGAUGGAUCAUUGGGGUGAAGUGGUUCUGUGGCUGCUUUAGUUAAAAGAGUGAACUUGCAAAGGCAUCAAAACUGCGCUUCCGUUAUCUGUGUGAGAAAUGAGACAGGCUUGAAAGGAGAGAAUAACGUGAAAUUUUGCAAGUCCUGAUCACAACUGUCAAUGCAUGGACUCCCUGGAUUGGGUUUGAGUUUUUCUUUUUCACAGUGGGCCUUUAAAACUGAGCUGGAAGAGGCCCACACAUCCUCGAAUUUUUUUUUCUAACAGAGAACUAGCUUUGGCCCAACCAGGGUCUACAUUGCUUGGCAUCUAGAAAUUUCUCCCCGUGUAUAAAGUACAAGGUGGGAAUCCUUGUGAUACUGUGGUUAGGCCUCUGCUCUGUAGUCUUUGCUACAGAUCUGCCCCUGCUUUGACUUGCAAGAUUUGAUGUUUAUUCAGGCAAAAAAUGGCCAAAAUGGUUAUUGUGUGAUUUGUUCCCCAAGGUUUAAAAGUCAGUGAAACUUUCUAAGACUUUGCAUGAUGUAUUUUAUUUUAUUUUUAUUUUUUAGAAAGUUAUUGUUUGCAAAUAAUGCCUUUUUAUACCAAGAAAUAGUUCUGAAUGACAUUGAAAACCUACCCUUUCCUUAUUACUAUUAUUAUUUUUUAAAUGAAUACAUGUUAAAGUAAUGAGCCCUCCGUACUGGCGUCUUCAUUCAUGCCCAGCUUCAAGCAGGCAGCUCAGUUGCUCAGCAUAGGACCCUGGGGAAGCUAAAGCAGGGGCCUGGAGGAGGUGCUGGGGUUGGGGUUGGGAGUGAUCUGGCCCUGGGCUUCCCAGUAUCCUCACUGAGCCUCCACAUGUUUGCUUUCUUGCAUUGUGGGACACUUCCUCCUCUGCAUUGUUGUGGCUUUGUGAUGGGGUGGGAGAGGUCUA